UACAGCCGUGAACAGAUCUUAUGUCAAGACACAAUGAAGACCCUCAUCAACAUGUUGAAGGGAGAAGGAAACACACACCCUGUUGUCACGUCAGAGAAGUCACAUAAGUGUGACUGGUGCUGCCUGGGUCCUCUGACCUUCCAUUGUCAGGCUGUGGGAGACAUGGUCUGCCUGAGCCAGGGGGGUCGACUUGCAAAGAGGAUGGAGGGCACAUUCAGGAACGGUCUGGUAUUCAGCAGCCGGGAAGUGAGGGUCCAGGAGAGGGUUCGUCUGAGAGUGGAGAAUGAUUUGUUUAACUGGCACGGAGCGCUGCGUGUGGGUUUCACCACUGUGUCACCUACAUCCAGAUCUCUGCCUCUACCCUGCAUAGCCAUCCCCAACCUCACCGACACUGGCGGGCACUGGGUUGCACCUGUGCAUGAGUCCCUCUGUAGGGCAGGCUCAGAGCUGGAGUUCUGGGUUUCUCAUGGUGGCGCCCUCUAUGUCAAAAGUAACACUAGCCAAAAGCACAUGCUUCUAAGAGGAGUGGACCGCAGCAAGCCGCUGUGGGCCAUAAUAGAUAUCUACGGACAGACAUGCUCCAUUCUCCUCCAGCGCUCAAAGAAAACUAAAUGCUUCUGGACCAGACAAUCCUGUCCUGCACCUAAAUGCAUCACCUCAACUAAUUCUGACAACUUCGACUGCUUGAUUCCUGGUGUCUCAAGUCUCUGUUCAAACAGCAAUAAAUGCAUCUCUGGUCCUGACGUGGAAAUCCCACAAGAUAAAUGCUGUGUGGUAUGCCAGGAGAAAGAGGUCAGCGUCACUCUGCCUUGUGGACAUCUGUGUUUAUGUGACUACUGCGCCAACAGAGUCAUCUAUGAGUUUGGCCACUGCCCUCUGUGUCGGCACAAUAUCACAGCUCCAUCAGAGGAGGAGAGCUGAGUUCCUUGGGUGCUCUGAGCUCCAAGACACCAAGAAUGACAUCAACAACCUGAUGACAGCUGACUAGAACAUUUGUUACAUGUUACUCCACUCUGUCUUCCGUAAUAUGUAAUGUUGUACAGCAUUAUUUUCUGAUGGUCUAAAAGAAUGUAUGAAACUUAAUUACUUUCAUUUGAUUGUUAAGGAUGAGGGAAACA